UUUCGGUCGCGGCAAGCAGUGCAAAUGGUUUCACACAUCAUAUACAGAACAAAGAAACCAAGGCAUAAUUAAUUUAAUACAAGUUGAUAAAGAUGUUCAGUUCAUUAAGACUGGUUACGAUGCGCUCGCAUAAGAAUCGUGCUAGGCCAGGAAGUGUUGCUACAUCUGCAAGUUCCGAUUCAAGAACAGAAGAGACAUUAACACAGAUACAGUACCAUCCUCAUAACUUCCUAUUACUGGAUGAUCAAGAAGUGAAUAUUUUUGGCGCGUUGUCAUCGCUUUCUAGCGUCUCAUCAAAAGUUGCACAAGUGAAAGUGGAGCGCGAAGACGGUAGUCUCGGUGUAACUCUUCGUAGAGGAAUGUCGAGAGCAUUGGUAGUGACGGGGGUAAAAGCGGACGGUCCAGCCGCCAAAGAGGGUAGAGUCAGGCCCGGUGAUCGAUUACUGGCAGUAGACGAUACUGAAUUGAGGGGACUCACUUUAGCGGAGGCACAACACGCACUUAGAAGGAACUCGGACACACCGAUCGCAUCUCUCACAAUCGAGUAUGACGUCGCAAACAUGGAGGAGGCACGGACAGUCACUUCGGGUCCGUUGCUUGUUCAAUUGGAACGUGAUCUCUCAGGAGAGCUUGGUCUAACCGUAAGCGAGACAUCAAAUGGAGUCUACAUCGACAGUCUUCGUCCGGCGAGCACAGCGGAUCGGUGUGGUGCGUUACAGGCAGGUGAUCGGCUGUUAGCUGUGAAUGAUACACCUGUUCAGGAUGCAGUGACUGCCGCUAAGCUGCUUAGAAAUUCCGAAAGUUCUCGCAUUGCCAGAUUGCAGAUAUUACCACGACCCCCGAGCACAAGGACAGUCAAAAGAAAGACACAGUCAUUGACUCAACAAAACUCAAAUCAGAUUCUACAAAUGAAAGAGAACCUAACCGUUAUUCUUCGACCAGAUCAUCGAGGUUUUGGACUUGCGCUUAAAUUGGCCGAAGAUCGCAUGAAUUAUAUAGUAAGUUUGUUGGAAGCUGGCGGUCCAGCAGAACGAAGCGGCAUUCUUUUGCCUGGCGAUGAGGCUAUCGCAAUCAAUCGGAGAAUGUUAUGCGAUUUACAACCGUCUGAAGUAAUCAACAUAUUAGAGACGUCGCAAAUGAUCGAGUUAGUGAUAGAAUACAAAGUGGGUGGAUCGAUAGUGCCAAGUUCCGGAAUCUAUACGGUGAGAGUGGCUAGGCCAUUAGGCGGCCAGCCUGAUCUAGGUCUCACGGUAAAUGAGGAUCUAAUGAUCACAGAAGUCCGCCGAGGAUCACUCGCUUAUCGAACUGGCAGUUUAGCAUCAGGGGAUAGACUGCUUGCAAUAGAUGGGCAAACACUGGAUCCCGGAGACUUGAGACAAACCGCUCAAUUAUUGCAUCGACCUAGUGGAUCGGUGGUUGCUCUAACUAUUAGAAAACCAGAUCCUAAUACGGAAAUAAGGGGUUAUUGUAAAGAGCUCAAUAUUGGAAGUGAUACACUUCAGGCACAAUUUGCUAAUGGUGCGUUACGCUCAGGUAGAGAGAGUCUUCCGAGUAUAGACAGCGCGAUGGAUUCUUGGGGCGAAUUGGAAGAAAACAGCAGUACUAUACCGGAGAUAUUGAGACUUUGGGAUACCGCCUUUAUGGACAGCGGACAAUUAGAUUUGUCGAUACCAUCUUAUCCGAACACACAAGAGCGCAGCAAUGGUGCCAACAGCAGAUCCCAACAAAUAGUGCACGUAUCGCUUCAUAAGGAUCCAGUUUAUGAAGAUUUUGGUUUCUCGGUAUCGGAUGGUCUUUACGAACGAGGAGUUUACAUAAAUCGUUUGCGCCCCGGUGGACCAUGUGAUGGUAUAUUGCGACCAUAUGAUAGGAUUCUUCGAGUAAAUGAGGCCAGCACAGAGGAUUGCGAUUGUUGUUUGGCCGUUCCGCUCAUCGCAGCAGCCGGACCGCGUUUAGAUCUAACAAUAGCAAGACCCUUAUCUCCUAAAAAUAUUGUAAAAACUUUGUAGAUUGUGGUACAAUCAAUCGCUACCUGCAAUUGAAUCACAGUAUAUACAGUAGCGCAAUUCUCCCAAUUUUAUGUUGGUCAAAAUGGAGUGCGCAUGCGUGGAAUAAGUAAGUUGCUCUGUCUCAUUUUCUCCUUUAUUUCUCUCUCUCUCUCUCUCUCUCUCUCUAAAUAAGCAUUUCAACGUUCCAUUUAAAUGUUUGUUAUUAAACAUCGACGAGAUACUAUUAAAGAUAGUCAGCGCCUAUGGAAUUCGCGUGACUGUUAAAAUUUAAGUGAUGAUUAAAAUAAAAAAUUGAUAAUACUCCAAAUAGCAAAGCGUACCUCAGUAAAAUCGCACAAAUUUGUGAUUGCUUAUGAUGCUGGUAACUUGCCAUAGAUUUGUCUUCAACAAUUUCGAAUAUACCGACAUUUUAGCAACAUUCAGACAACAAUGUGUAUAUGUAUUACCAGCAGUUUAAUAGCAAGAUAGCUGCGUCAAUAUUAUCUUGCCUUGUCGGCAAUAUGACAGCAUUGUAUGAUACUGCAUAUUAUUACAACAACAUGAUGCCAAUAGUACGAACUUUGAUGUUGACGAUUUUAAAGUUGUCGGCGAAUUGCUGUCAAGUUGCUACUCAAUGUUAUAUCGUGAAGGCAUCAAGUUGCCAACAAAUAAUAAUUCAGUUGCUGCAAUUCUGGUAGCAACACAUACUUAUUAGCAAUACAUACUUAAGGACGUUCACCGGCUAAUCAAUUUCUAUACAAAAUGUUUCAAAUUUAGACUGUAUGCUAUUAAUAUCAUUAUUGAUACAUCCGCCAAAUUCCAGAAAACAUAGCGGUACCGAAUUCGAGUUAUUAAUUUUCAAAGUUGCAGCUUUUAACAUGUAAGGUAAAGCCCAAGCGUGCGCUCAAGUGACAUUUCAAUUCACAGCGAUUGUGAUAUGUAUACGAUUGUUCUAAAAAAAGUGGGAUAUGAUGCAGGACGAUGCUAGAAAUAAUAUAAAAAAGAACAGGAAUCCGUAGCGGUGCCGUUGUUGAGUUAUCGAGGUUCGAAGUGAUGUAUCCGACAGCACUUCGAAACAAGUCGCCGUAUGGAAGGAGAGUCGCCGCUGAGACGCGGCAACGCCGCGCCGCGCCGUGCGCGCAGCAGAUGUACGUAGCAACAUUAGCGCGGCUUUCUAUUUGGAUCGGAAAGGAAAACAAUUAUUCAAAAUUAUGCAUAUUGUGUACGCGUUGGUCGUCCUCUAACCUCACUAACGCACGCUUGACGCUACGCAGCUCCUGUCCGUGUCACUCUCUCUUUCACUCCUAUCCGCAACGUUGCCGGGUCUCCGCUUUUCUUUAAAAAACGCAGGCUAGUGUGCGUGUAUACAUACAAGACUUUAACUAUAUACCUCUGGACUGCUAACGGCAGC